AUGAGUGUAGGCGCUAAACAGUCAUCCCUACUGUUCAGUCCCGCAGAGGACGAGUAUGUCAACGACUUUCAUUUGGCACACUAUGGCUCCUUUGCCAUCGGAGGGGCCGGUAUGGUAAUGGUCGAGGCGACUGCCGUCGAGGAAAGGGGUAAAAUCACGCCCAACUGCGCCGGUAUCUGGAGGGACGACCACAUCGAGCCCUGGAAACGGAUCACAAAUGCUUCCAAGCUGUUCAGUCCCGUGAAACUCGGUGGCCUAACACUCAAGAACCGCAUCGGUGUGUCCCCUAUGGUCACGUGGGUGUCGGAGGACGGGUAUGUCAACGACUUUCAACUGGCGCACUACGGCUCGUUCGCCAUCGGAGGGGUCGGCCUAAUAGUAGUGGAG